GAGCCGGAGCCGGAGGCGCAGCGGCGGGCAGGGCGGCCGGGCGGCCUGGAGCCCGACGGGUCCGGAGCGUCCCCGCAGACCGGGGCGGCAGGUGGCCCGGGGGCGCGCGAUGCUGGCGACCGCCUGCCUGGCCCUGGCGCUGCUGCUGGCCUCCUGCCUGGGCCUGGAGCUGUCGCGAUGCCGGGCCGCGGCGCCGGGCCGGGCCUGCGGCAACCCCGCCUUCCGCCGCUUCCAGCGGGACUUCUUCGGCGUCUACUUCCCGGCGCUGGCGGCUGACUGGCUGCAGGCCCCCUUCCUCUACCGGCUGUACCGGCACUACCGCUUCCUGGAGGGCCAGAUCGCCGUCCUCUACGUGUGCGGCCUGGCCUCCGCCGUCCUCUUCGGGCUCGUGUCCUCCGCCCUGGUGGACCGGCUGGGGCGCAAGAAGGCCUGCGUCCUCUUCUCCCUCUCCUGCUCGCUCUGCUGCCUGGCCAAGCUCUCGCAGGACUACUUCGUGCUCCUGGUGGGCCGCGCCCUGGGCGGGCUGUCCACCGCCCUGCUCUUCUCGGCCUUCGAGGCCUGGUACGUCCACGAGCACGUGGAGCGGCACGACUUCCCCGCCGAGUGGAUCCCGGCCACCUUCGCCCGCGCCGCCUUCUGGAACCACGUGCUGGCCAUCGCGGCCGGGGUGGCCGCCGAGGCCGCGGCUUCCUGGCUGGGGCUGGGGCCCGUGGCGCCCUUCGUCCUCGCCAUCCCGCUCCUGGCCCUGGUCGGGGCCCUGGCCCUCCACAGCUGGGGCGAGAACUAUGACCGGCAGCGGGCCUUCUCCAGGACCUGUGCCGGCGGCCUGCGCUGCCUCCUGUCCGACCGCCGGGUCCUGCUGCUCGGCACCAUCCAGGCCCUGUUUGAGAGCGUCAUCUUCAUCUUCAUCUUCCUCUGGACGCCCGUGCUGGACCCGCACGGGGCCCCCCUGGGCAUCGUCUUCUCCAGCUUCAUGGCGGCCAGCCUGCUGGGCUCUUCCCUGUACCGCGUGGCCACCUCCAAGAGGUACCACCUGCAGCCCAUGCACCUGCUGUCCCUGGCCGUCCUCAUCGUGGUCUUCUCCCUCUUCAUGUUGACCUUCUCCACCAGCCCGGGCCAGGAGAGCCCGGCGGAGUCCUUCAUCGCCUUCCUGCUGAUAGAACUGGCCUGCGGGCUCUACUUCCCCAGCAUGAGCUUCCUGCGGAGGAAGGUGAUCCCCGAGACCGAGCAGGCCGGUGUCCUCAACUGGUUCCGGGUGCCCCUGCACUUGCUCGCCUGCCUGGGUCUCCUGAUCCUCCACGACGCCGACCGCAAGACGGGCACCCAGAACAUGUUCAGGAUCUGCUCCGCGGUCAUGGUGAUGGCGCUGCUGGCGGUGGUGGGGCUCUUCACGGUGGUCCGACACGAUGCCGAACUGCGGGUGCCCUCGCCCACCGGGGAGCCCUACGCCCCCGAGCUGUAGCCCCGGGCUGGGACAGGGCCGCUGCAGUGGACUCUUGACCUCCGGGGGCUUGCGCAGACCUGGCUGUGAAUGACUUUGUGAUGGGGGCCCCCCUGCACUGCUUCGGGCCGGGGAGUGCGUGGGG